GCCCAUGUAUGUUACUCAUUAUUUCUGUCUCCUUAAAAUGCUCUCCAACCACUGGCCCCUCUUCUGUCCCCCUUCCUCUUAUCGGACUCGGGUCUCGGAGGUACUGCCAUGGCGUUAAUACGAACGAUAGAUAUAGCCGUGAACUUCACAGAUGGCAUGUUCAAAGGAAUAUAUAAUGGCAAGCAGCAUCAUGUACCUGAUAUUGCUACUGUUCUGAACCGAGCUUGGAGUGCUGGAGUUGAUCGAAUCAUAGUGACUGGUGGGUCCUUGGACGAAUCAAAGGAAGCUCUAGCCAUUGCCGAAACAGAUGGAAGGCUCUUUUGCACAGUUGGCGUGCAUCCAACAAGAUGCAAGGAGUUUGAAGAGAAUGGGGAUCCAGAAAAGCAUUUUCAGGCUCUAUUGUCGCUGGCCAAAGAAGGAAUCCAGAAAGGGAAGGUGGUGGCAAUAGGUGAAUGUGGAUUAGAUUAUGAUAGGCUCCACUUCUGCCCAGCUGACAUUCAAAAGAAAUAUUUUGAGAAGCAAUUUGACUUAGCAUAUGCCACAAAGCUGCCAAUGUUUUUGCAUAUGCGUGCAGCUGCUGGGGAUUUCUGUGAAAUUCUAGAGCGGAACAAGGACAGGUUUGGGGCGGGGGUUACUCAUUCAUUUACCGGCAGUACUGAAGACCGUGAAAAACUUCUUUCAUUCCAUAAUCUGUAUAUAGGUGUAAAUGGUUGUUCUUUGAAGACAGCUGAAAACCUUGAUGUUGUGAGAGGCAUACCUGUUGAAAGGAUGAUGAUUGAAACUGAUUCUCCUUAUUGCGAGAUCAAGAACACUCAUGCUGGGAUAAGUUAUGUAAAAUCUACAUGGCCUUCAAAGAAGAAAGAGAAGUAUGAUCAGGAGUCUAUUGUUAAAGGCCGGAAUGAACCUUGUUUAGUUCGGCAAGUUCUUGAGGUGGUGGCUGGCUGUAAAGGUAUCAAUGAUAUAAAUCAGCUGAGCAAGACGUUGUACCACAACACUUGCAGGGUUUUCUUCCCUCAUGACUUGGAUUCUGCAGCGGAUGCACUUCUUGCUGGUCAUGAUGAAACCCAGUAAAGAACUGAUUUUUGUCUUUCAUUCUUCCAACCUGCCAAAGACUAUUCAGGUUCUCAUUUUAUUCCAAGACGUUGUAUUGGAAUGUCCACUUGUUUCAUAUUGGAAUUUGUUUAAUCUUGAUAGAGAAACAUGCAUGUUCUUUAUUUUCGGCACAUUUCCCAUUGUCUUGGAAGCUCCUUACCAAGUGUGCUUGCUUCUUAGUGAAAAUGAUAAUCACUCUUUAAAUUAUUUUCUCUACUUAAUGUUCUGGGUACAAUUAAUGCAUGAUAAUGCAAUGUGCUUGGAAGUCGCUA